UUUUGCUGCGCCCUCAUGGAGGGUGGCAGGGGAAGUGGCAACAAAUCCACUGGCAGGUUAGCUGGCUUCUUCGGAGCGGGAGGAGCGGGUUACUCGAACGCUGUUGGCGUCUCGCUGACUGGUAUGAAUCCCCUAUCUCCUUAUUUAAAUGUGGAUCCUCGAUAUCUUGUUCAGGAUACUGAUGAAUUUAUUUUGCCUACUGGAGCUAAUAAAACCCGAGGCAGAUUUGAACUAGCUUUUUUUACCAUUGGAGGAUGUUGCAUGACAGGGGCUGCAUUCGGGGCAAUGAACGGUCUUCGUCUAGGAUUGAAGGAAACCCAAAGCAUGGCCUGGUCCAAACCAAGAAAUGUACAGAUUUUGAAUAUGGUGACUAGGCAAGGGGCACUUUGGGCUAAUACUCUAGGUUCCCUGGCUUUUCUCUAUAGUGCUUUUGGUGUUAUCAUUGAGAAAACACGGGGUGCAGAAGAUGACCUCAACACAGUAGCAGCUGGAACCAUGACGGGAAUGUUGUAUAAAUGUACAGGUGGUCUUCGAGGGAUAGCACGCGGUGGCCUGGAAGGACUGACACUCACCAGUCUCUAUGCACUGUAUAACAACUGGGAACACAUGAAAGGUUCCCUGCUCCAACAGUCACUCUGAAGAUUUUUGCCACCUCAGGAAUGGGGGACACUUCAUAGUCAUACAGAUCAAUUAAUAAGUCAGUCUGGAGUUGCUUUCUCUCUUGUACCUACAAUUGCUUUGAACAAUUGGAGAGUCUGAUUUGCUGUGACAAAGAUCAUGGAUGAUUAGCCUGGACUGCACCGCUUGCCC